AUGCAGGGAAACUAAAAUUUAACGCCUAGCUAACUUCACUUACUACAAUCUCAAGCACAUAUCCCACAAGUGAUUAAGCAAGAGGUUUCAUUCCUUAAUAAGUCAGACUAAGAAAAUAGUCAAUAGCUAUUAGAUGAGGGAGAUGAGCACAUGUAUGACGACGAGGAAGACUUAGAAGAAGAAGAGGAGGAAGACUAUCACUAAUUAGAGGGAGACUCUAUUCAUGAUAACCACAAUAUCAUCAGUCACGAAUCAAAUAUUCAAAGCCUUCCCUUUAGACACCCCCAGCAAUAUAAGGAAAAUAGUGAUUCUCCGUAGUAAAACAUAAAUAACAACACUGGUUCACAUAACUAAAGUCCCUAAGUGCCUAUAUUCAGUGGUCAUCAUGCUUAGAGCACCUAAAACUAAUCACAGUAAUUGGACCUUGAAGAAAUUAUGCUUAAGCUAAGGCAAAUCACGCAGAGCCUCAAACCCCCUAAGCUGCAAAAUGUGACUAUGCAGGGCAACGCAGAGCAGGAGUAGCUUGAUUAAUUCUGGGAAUGGCUGCAGAACACACUAUCACUAGAUAGAUUUAAGAUGAUGGCAGAGAACAUAGAAAAGCUGGGAGAAGGUCAGCAAAUGCAAAAGGCAAGGGAUAUAGAGUUGCUGGCUUUGAAACUUGAUAUUGAAUAAGCACAUGAGAUUAACAGGGGCAAAGAGUACAAUAUCAUCAAAAAGCAAUGA